GAGGCCCAAAGAGCCCAAGCUUAGGGUUUCCUCCCCUGCUCGCUCUCUCGCUCGCUGUUCUACCGCCGCCACAGUCUGUUGUGAGCACCUCAUCACCGGCAGCCAAACACACCUCCGGGGACGGGACACGACUGGCCAGGCCUCCUACCACCGAGUCUUCUCUCGUCGAGCGGGCGUCGGGCUCCUCUCCUUCCCCGCCCUAUACUGGUACUGAAGGAGGCUUGGUUUGCGGUAGAGAUGGUGAAGGGGUCAGCAAGGGUUCGCUAUGAGCCUGGACCGGCUUUUGAAGAGGUCAAAGAGGAAGCCAUGCUUGACAUCUCACCAACAGACUCAACAGAAUUUUGGCUAAUACAGUGGCCUAAAGAUCAGUUAGAUGUUUCAGAUUUUCAUGGUAAAGAGCUUUCUCUUAAGCUACACAAUGAUGGAAACUUGGGCAGUUUGGAGAGUUCGUCAGGGAAAUCUUAUGACCUUGUCAGCUUUGCUUCUCAGCAGCCAGAUGCAACUGUUUUCCUGCCAUCAGGAUCAGAAACAAAAGCUGUGGGGAAGAUUUCACGCCGAGUUUGCUUAGUUCGUUAUCCUGAACCUGAGGAAUUGGCGAAACCAACUUUUGGGAGUCUUACUCCUAACAGUAAGAAAUCUGCAGGUUCUUCUAGGAAGACUAUGUCUCGUUUUACUGGUGCAUCGAAGAAUCGUAGUAGCCAAGGUUCAGCGCUUUCACUGGGCCAAUGGAGCACAGAGCCAACCCCCAAACACAAGCAGAAGAGGAAGGAUGAAAGCAGCUUGGGACACUCAAAUAUGUCAGGCAAGGCCUCUGAAGGAUCUCAGGCUCGUGGUGCAGAGAGCAACACAACUUCGGAGAUGCCACAAUCGCCACCAGAUAAAUCAAAGAAGAAGAAGAAGGUUAAGAUCAUAGAGUAGAAGUAGUGUUGCCUUGGCGAUGAGAUCAAUUUUCCCUGAACUAUCAGCUGGUGCGGAGCUGUGCAGGAAAUACACGUUCAUAUUUACUUCUCCUUCCCUGGAUCUCAAUUUUAUGUCGCAGAACAUUUUGUUGGAGUAUUGGGUGAUGUUUGUGGGAUGAGACUUGAGAGCAGCCCGUUGCAUGGUGCUGGAAUGCCGCAAUGUAUCCUUCUGUCUGUAUUUGAAAGGCGAGCUAUGUUCCAUUGUUCCCUUU